UGCUCGGUCGCCGGAUGCAGCAAGCGUGCACGGUCUCAGGACCUCUGCAUUGCGCAUGGUGGUGGCCGUCGGUGCAUGGUGGAGGGGUGCGAGAAGAGCAGCCAGGGAGGCAACAUGUGCAUCAAGCACGGAGGAGGUAAGCGCUGCAAACAUCCAGGAUGCGACAAGGCGGCGCAGACCAACUCGCUGUGCAAGGCACACGGUGGAGGUCCGCGAUGCCAGUUCCCAGGCUGUACGAAGAGCUCUCAAGGCGGUGGUUUCUGCCGAGCACACGGAGGAGGCAAGCGUUGCGCCGCCGAGGGCUGCAACAAAGGGACGCAGCGAGGGGACUUCUGCGCGUUGCACGGCGGCUCCCGCUUCUGCGAGGUCCCAGGCUGCAUGCGCAACGACCGCGGCGGAGGCUUUUGCGCGCACCAUGGCGGAGGCAAGCGAUGCAGCAUCGCCAACUGCAACCGCUCCUGCAGGAGGAACGGGCUGUGCUCAACGCACCUGCGU